UAAUGUUAUUUUAGCUGAUGAGAUGGGUCUUGGUAAAACUAUUCAGUCAGUAUCCAUGCUUGGGUUUUUACAGAAUGCUCAACAUAUCCAUGGGCCAUUUCUUGUUGUUGUACCAUUAUCCACAUUGUUAAACUGGGCAAAAGAAUUUAGGAAGUGGCUACCUGAGAUGAAUAUUAUUGUAUAUGUUGGUACUCGUGCAAGUCAAGAGGUUUGUCAGCAGUAUGAAUUCUACAAUAACAAAAAUGUUGGCAGGCCAAUAAAGUUUAAUGCACUAUUGACUACAUAUGAAGUAGUUCUGAAAGAUAAAGCUAUCCUUUCAAAGAUCAAGUGGUGCUAUCUGAUGGUUGAUGAAGCACACAGGUUAAAAAAUAGUGAAGCACAGUUGUAUACAACACUUUCGGAAUUUAGCACCAAGAACAAGUUGUUGAUUACUGGUACUCCAUUACAGAACAGUGUGGAAGAGUUUUGGUAA